AUGACACCUUGGGUUUUCUGCAAUAUUUGCAGUUUUGAUCUCUUCUUUCAUAUUGGUGGCUACUGGUCUAGAGACGGGUCUUACAUUGGUGAAGAAAUAAGUGUCGUAGGUAGAAUGUUGGCUGAUGCUUUCAGUUUGAGGUCCAUUGAGAUGUUAGUUGUUAAAGCAAUGGGCUAUGGAGACAAGAUGAAGAAAGUAUCUUGGUUUCCACCAGAUGAUGAGAGUCAGCAGAGAGUCGACAUUGAUGACAAUGAGGUCUUAGGAAAAGCGGUUUCAUAUGCUCUCGGAUCAGGUGCUUUAACAUUGUUUAUUGUUAGGGAAGAUGAUCUGUAUUUGAUGAAUCGCAGUAGUGAUGGAGUUGGUGUGUCACUUUUCGAGGAUAAUGGUGAUAAUGCGAGUGGUGAUAGUGAUAAUAGUGUUGGCAGUUCUGAUGAAAGCAGUGAGAGCAGUGAGAGCAGUUCUGAUGAAAGGAGUGAUAAUGAUGGUGGUCGUGAUAUUGUAGCUCACAAUGAGGAUGAUGGUCCUCGUAAGACCAUAGAUGAGAGCAAGUAUAAGGCAUUUAUGCUUGGGCAGUGUUACUCUACAAUUCAGUCUUUCAAGAAUGCAAUUACAAAGUAUGCAGUGAAGAAGAAGUAUGAUAUAUCAUACUUUAAAUUAGAUAGCAAAAGAGUUGUUGCUGUUUGUUGUAAACGAGCAUGUCCUUGGAGGAUUUGUGGAUCGAUCAAUAGCACUAGCAGCAGGGUUGUGCUACACGUAAAAUUGCUAAAGCGAAACAUAAAUGUUCCUUGGACUAUCUGUGAGAGGAAAAGGUUGAGAUGCUUGCAAUCGCUUGAUGAUGAACAAGCAGAGGAGUUUGCAAGGUUAAAUGAUUAUGCGUUGAAGAACAGUUCCCAAAAAGCUUUUGAUGAUUUGAAGAUAACAAAUUCAUGCGCUUGGUCUAGUUACAAAUUAUAA